AUGCCCAAGGCCGAUACCUUGGAUUCGGAGAUCAAACAGCACCUGCAUGCCGUGGGGGAAUUGACUCAAGAAUUGGAUCAGCUCUUCGAGGAGAUGGGGCAGCAGAUCACGGUGCUGAAAGUGGGUGUCCGCCACGAGUGUCGUAUAGCCGCAGGUCUCACACGGAAGUUGGAAAUCAAAGUGGUCGGAGACGAUGUCACGGACAUCCAGAUGGCGUGUCGCCUGGAUGAGAACAAGCAUUUGGUGGAUCAACUUGACAAACUCGAUGAGGAGACACGUUUAGCACCUGAGCCUUUUGCGCUGGGCAUUUGUGAUACCGCACGCCAGGCCCUGGACGAAGGGCCCUACCGGGAAUGGCUGGAGCCGGACGUGAGUCAAAGCUUGCGCUUCGGAAUCGAGGAUUCCAGCAGUUUCUUCGUGAACCUUCUGGCCAAGAAGGAGUGCCACGUGAUCUUCAUCAGCAAGGCGAUCAGCCGAGCGACCAACAAAUCCAAAUUCUCACUGAGCGGUGCCAUCGAGAACACCUUGGGGAGCACCGGAUGGACCUUGGAGAUGCAGAAACUCAUGGAGAAGGUGAGAGAACACAAAGACACCAAGCAGGUGAGGAAAAAGACACGACGUGUUCCCAAGACCUUUCCGAGCGGACCGGGUCGGACACGCGUGGAAGGACGGAAGAAGGGCUUGAGCUUCGGCGAGUUGGUUUUUCCAGAGGGGAGGCCUGCACGAGAGCAGCAUCAAAUCGAAUAUGCGCAACUGAAGGUCCUCCAGCUCUGGCUGGGACGCCGCGACCUCCGCGAGAGCAGCGCAGCUUCAAAGCAACGGCCGCAGGGAAAAGUCUGGGCCAAGCUCUCGCCGGACGUGCCGCAGAAGGUGGCACAGAAGUUGCUGAAGACGCGACAGGACCUGGUUUCCGAGGAGCGAAGCGUCUUCACCAGUAUCGCCAUUGCCGGUGGCUUCGCUUUCUUCUUGCAACGGCAGAGGCAGCUCCAUUUGAUGCGAAGUCGCACCGCUUUGAGGCAGCUGGCAUGGUACAAGGCGCUCUUUUCGGCUUCGCGGUUUCUUAUUUUAGGGAUCUACUUGAACAAGGGUCGGCAGGAGGCGCAAGCGAAACGCAGCGGUACGCUGACAAUAGCACCGCGGCGGAUGUCGACUAGGCGCCGCUCCACGGAUGCGGAGGCCUUCUUCCAGGAGAUGAGCCCCUUGUCCAUGCUGCGGAAGUAUCUCCGUCGCCCAGGCGCCGUUCCUGCGGAACGCGGGGAGAACCUGGGAGAAUUUCCGGGUUUCAAGGCGUCAGCCUUGACAGGAACUGCCAACCAGGCUGUUGAAGUGGUAGGCAGCUUGGCGCAUCAUCUGCUGCUCCAGGGCUUUGACCUUCGACCUCCGGAGUCACGGUUGGCCCGUCGCGGUGCCGCGCCAGCGCUGCUGCAUCAGAACCAGUUAGCCAAGGGCCUGGCUGCACGCUUGGGAAGGCAGAUUCAAGCAGCGCCAAAGGUGGUGAGCAAUUCCAGCGAGCACUCGCAGAUGCAGCAAGCCAUUGAGGAGGUGAGUCAGUCGACCCUGAUGAUGACCGUGAGUCCCAGGGAGCUGGCAAGCCUGGCGCUCGCCAAAAGCAAGGCCGUGCAUGUCCAGCUGAUGGGUGUGGAACAUUUCGAGCAAUUCUAUAUGAACGCAGUCCAGAGGGCGGCCGAUGAGUUGGUGAAGCAACGAGCAAGAGAGGCGGAACAACAAGAGCAAGACAAGACGAAACGGCCCAGGAUCAUUAAGCGAUAUCGCCUGCGAUUUCUGGAGGAAGAGUCGGAUUUGCCCUGGCUCCCACUGCAAGAGACCUUGAUGCUGGUGAUCCGAGGUAAGUCCAUGUUUCUGACACCCGCGGAGCAAACACUCUACGAUGGCAAGAUGAAGAAUGUGAACGAGGAGCGGCGGGCGGCUGCGCGGCUACCUGGCUUCUUUGCUCCUUUGGAGGCGGUCCUACUGAGCCAUCCAGUGAUGGUUGGGCUGACCACUAAGCUGCAAAGGGAUCUUCGACCCAACGAUGGCGUGAUGGCCUGGAAAGCCCAACUCUUCCAGGGCCGCUACGAGAAAUUGUCCUCUCGAGCGCUUGAGGGGCAUCAAUUCCUAUCUAAUGAUCGAGAGAGUCACAUACUGCGCACCUGUGUCAACGUGGGCGGGCCCUUCAACGCCUCCCCAGCCAAGUCUACUCUGGAUCCGCCGGCAGUGAUCCACGACCAGUUCUUAGCCACAACCACCUCCAGCGGCACCGUUUGGAGGGCCUUUGGGAGCGAAGAAGAUGCUCAGACACGCUACCGAAUGGAAGAUCCAAUCCGACAGCUACCCACCUUGACGGAGCCCAGGGAGUUACGUUUGGAGGCGACGAUCCGAUCCAUGGAGACGACGCUUGCCGCGCACGCUCAGCCCAGAGGGCUCAGAGUGUCUUUCGGCAUCUUGGAGAAAGAACGGCUGACAUGGUGGCUGACGGAGAGGCGCUUUUUGGCCGUGGCGCAGGAAUCGCACCACGGCCACUUCCCCUUCAGCCAAGCCUUGAAACGCCACGCGCGCGACGCGCGCGAGGCGCGCGACGCACAGGAGGCAGAGAACGCCGCAGCAGAGGAGUUGGAGGCGAGGUUGGCGGAGGCCGAAGAUUCUUCGGUAUCACUGACCUUGCUGGGCUGCAUGGGUUUCGUGAUGGCCACCUUCUAUCUGGUGAACUGGCCGGAUGACGACAUUCGGCAGAUCUCCUUGGAAGUGCUCAACUCAACGAUCAGCAUCUUUGGCGCCCUGUUGCUCUUCCACACCUUCGAAGAUGUGCUGGAGCACUACAUCCUGCCGGAAAUGAGUCAUUGGCAGGAGGUAGCAGUGUCCAUGCUGCAGAUGCUUCUGUGGUUCGUCGCCCUCCAACUGGUCUUGGCCUACUAUUCGGGCGCAUUGGGCAAAAAUCAGGCAGUCAUGCUGCGCAGCGACAGUUUGUCGGUGGCAAAGGCUUGUGAAUCCCCUACAACCAAGUGGCAUCUCAUGAAGUCUGCCGACCAGCACCUGGGUGUCAUCAAGUUGAACACCGAAGCUUGGGGCAUUUUGUUGGGCCACGCCACUGGUUUUGCCGCCAAGAAUGCCUGUAGCAGCCUACAGCAGGCGGUCCCCAGGAACUUUUUCUUCGUGGCCUUAACGCCUUUGCUCUUCUUCGGGAUCAUCAUUCUGGUCUACCACGCCACGGAAUGCUUCCGCUACAAGAUCAUGAUGAGGGAUGGCGAGGAGGACGAAUUCGAAGAAAUUUGGCGCGAGCGUGUUGCUGAGACUGAAGAUGAGGUGAUUGCUUUGGCCGUGUCCUUUUCAAUCGUGCAAAUGUUGCGCUUCGGCAUUUCGGGACACUUGCCCAAUGCCUCGGGAGAGGAUCAAGAGAGAUUCAACUUGCACACCAACUCCUCUUGCGCGUUGUUGCUCCUAGUUGGUUUGGUGCCAGGUGUUGCCGAUGUGGUGCGCGUCAUGUGCACCCGUAGCGCCAAUACCUUCGUGAGGAUCGUCAGUGGCGGAGGCAGUGAGGAGGAGCGUCUCCGCAGCCGGAAUUGGUGUGAGGGCAUUUCGUCCAUGAGCUUUGCUUGGUGCAUCCACUUUGCGGUGGACUGGUGGAUCGCUUCGAAUUUUGAGCUCGAAGGCUCCAUGAAAGCCGUGCUUUCGGCCUUGACGGUGACUGCUCUGGCCUUCGUGCUGAUCUUUGGCUUGGAUAAGGUGGCCGACAGCAACUUUGAUGACGUAGAGGUGCAUCAUGCGCUGAGGGGCAUGAUUGGCGGACUUGGUCUUCUAGUGGGUUUCUCGUGGGAGCGUUGCUUCGACGCCUCCUUCGACGGUUUAGCCAAGCACCGCCACUUUGGGCCCGUGCCGCCAGAAAUCUCUCGCGUAGUAUUGGCGAUCGCUUUGGCUCUGCUGGUUCUUCCUGCUUGGAAAUGGUUCAUCUUGCCCAUGCCCCAUGGGCCCCAUGGGCCCCAUGGGGUCGAUGAUCAUACCCCAAAGAUCCCCAGGGACGAAGUGAAAGAUGAAGCACAGACUUCUUCCAAACAUCGUUUUUUCGGCCGCAUCGGGUCCAGCAUGAGUUCGCUGGGCGAAACCGAAAUGCGACGCAAAUUCACUCAGGGAUUUUCCACCUUGAGCAGAGAAGAUUCAGUCAAUCUGCUCACAGCCUAGGACAAGCCCGACCCUUGAGCCAGCCGGAUCGAUUUUCUCUACGACCAAUUGGGUCGUUUUUUUCCUCUUUAGGUAUCUUCCCAGAGUUGCAUGCCACCAAAAUGUUGCCUUUUUCGCCGUCUCCAAGAAGUGGCGUCUUUUCUCUGCACCGUCAGCAGAAGUUGCCGAUAUGGGUGGAUUCCUUGGGAUCUUGGGUUGCCCGGCCAAUCGCAACUUCCAUGUGAAGCCCUAAAAGAAUUUAUCCCAUAUGUGCCAAGCACUGGUGGCAACGAUUGAAAAAGUUGCCCGUGAAACACGGGCAAGAGACUAGAGACAUAGACUAUAGAAAUGACUAUAGGAUGGUAUUUAUGUGACAUUUCCACACGGGCCGUGACACGGGACAUUUGCACAUAGCAUUUGCACAUAGGCAAAUAUCCCGUCAACGGAUGUCAAUGGGC